AUGGACUGGCAUGGUGCUGCACACAGUAUAGUAGUCACUAGCCUGCUAAUAAAGACUUUCCACCCGCCUCCCCGUGACCCGGAAGUUGUACGGCUACACGACUUUCCAUCCCACAAUCCCUCACGCCCUUCUUUUCCAACUUGGAGUGCUCCGGCAAAGAAGGGUGGCGAAAAGAAGAAAGACUGUUCUGCCGUCAACGAAGUGGUGACCCGAGAAUGCACCAUCAACAUUCACAAGUGCAUCCAUGGAGUGGGCUUCAAGAAGCGUGCUCCUCGGGCACUCAAAGAAAUUUGGAAAUUUGCCAUGAAGGAGAUGGGGACUCCAGAUGUGUGCAUCGACAUUAGGCUCAAUAAAGCCAUCUGGGCCAAGAGAAUAAGGAAUGUUCCGUACUGCAUUCGAGUACGUUUGUCCAGAAAGCGUAAUGAGGAUGAGGAUUCACCAAACAAGCUCUACACACUGGUAACUUACAUGCCUGUUACCACAUUCAAAAAUCUACAGACGGUCAAUGUGGAUGAGAACUAACUGCUGAAUGUCAAAUAAAGUUACAGAACUGCCGAGAGAGAGAGACAGAGAG